UGAUGACGUCAGGGCGGCGGGCGGACGCCUGCGGCUGCCCAGCUUCUGUGCUGUACCUGCUUGACUCGGGUAAAUUUAGAAAAGAUCGCGAUGCUUCAGCAGAGCGCUCGGUUACCAACAUGGCAGGCAAUAAGUUAGUCUUAGAAGGAAGAAUAAGUAUAACCAGCUUCUUUUUGGGAAUAGGUGUUGUUUUGAUUCCUCUACUUACGUCGCUAGGAUCACACAUCGGUUGGGUUUUCGAGUAUUUCUCUGGAAUAAGGGGAAAGAUAGCAAUUGCGGUAUAUAUUGGGGUUGUACAAGGUUUAUUGCUAAUUAUUUACAAAGGACCUCUGUAUAAGGUCGCCGUACGAGCCUCCUUCCUGGGCUGCGCUUUCGGGUGUGGCUUGUUGAUCAGCUUCGCUGAAACUGCAUGGACGCAUUUUGGCUGGUACAUGUGCUCCCUGUCCUUCUUCCACUACUCCGAGUACCUGGUGACGGCCAUCAUUAACCCUCGUAGCCUGUCCCUGGAUUCCUUCCUGCUGAACCACAGCGUGGAGUAUACUAUAGCAGCCGUGUCCUCAUGGGUGGAGUUCAUGGUCGAGAGACUCCUCUUCCCAGAGCUGAAGCAGCUGAGCUGGGUCAGCCUGCUGGGGUUGUUCAUGGUGUUCUGUGGAGAGGGCCUGCGCAAGUCCGCCAUGCUGACUGCCGGCUCGAACUUCAACCACGUGGUCCAGAACGAGAAGGCCCAGAGCCACGUGCUGGUGACCAGCGGGGUCUACGCCUACUGCCGGCACCCCUCAUACGUUGGCUGGUUCUACUGGAGCAUUGGCACGCAGGUGAUGCUAUGUAACCCGGUCUGCUUACUGGGCUACACCCUAGCCAGCUGGCGUUUCUUCCGCGAGCGCAUUGAGGAGGAAGAAAUCUCGCUAAUCCACUUCUUCGGUGAGGACUACCUGGACUACAAGCGAAAGGUGCCCACGGGUUUGCCCUUCAUCCCAGGCAUCCGGGUACAGAGCUGAAUGCCGGGGAAGAGGGAUUCGGAAAUGGGAUUUUUUUUAAGACUUUGCUUUCAAGCUGACCUCCUGUGAGGAUGCCAGAGGACACCGGUCAUGCCAUCGUUGGCCUUCUGGUUGCUGCAGGGACCAAAGUGGUCACACAGAUACUGAAACUAAAUACUGAGCACUAUAAUGGCUUGUACCCCCCCCCCCCCCCCCACCCUUCCCUAAUUCCAGCAGCCUGACACGUGGGUGGGUAACAGCCAAUCACACAUGAUGUAUCAUUUUUAAUGUUGUUUAAUUUCCAAACAUCACUGUGUGUGCCGGGGUGUCUCACCGCAGCGCGCUGGCCAAGGUCACUGUUCUGUUCAGUCUAGGUCUUCAUCAGGUCUGUUUCUUAGUGCAUUCAGUCACUGAGCACCAAACUGGUGGCCAGUGUUCAGCUCCCUGUGCACCUCUAUUUUGUCAUAAUUUUUGACUUUCUUUAUCACAUUGCUUCAUGAGGCCAGUAUUAAGCAAUUUUAGAGUUUUUUUUCAGCUCUAAAAUUAAUUAUUUCUGUCUUUAUCGUUUUUCUGUUUUCAUUCUGGAUGCUUCGGCACAUAGACGCAGUCAUCAGACACUUGACGUCUUUGUGGUGGGUGGCUGGGAUCCCUCGCCCUCAUUCAGGGCCGCUUUUAGCUUCAGGCGUGAGUAAUGAGGCCUUGUCUUCGUUGAGGACGAUCACAAAGCGUGUAGCAGAUGGAUCAUUAACUUGUGUACAGUCACGUUCCGACGGGAUGACAGGUUUCGGUUUCACAAAUCAGUACGGGUUCCUUCAUAUUGUGAGGUCUGCCUGAAUGUUCGAUUUCCUGGCUAGCAUUUCGCCAAAAGAGCCGCAAAAUGUGUCCGAGUCCGGGUGGCCCCCUCCUCCCCCGUUCCCCCAGGGCCUCAGCCGUUCUGUGUACUGAAUCAACCAAUUGAAACUCUUUAAUGCACUUUUUUUGGUGAGCAGUCAUGGCUGCAGAGACUUAACGUAAGGGCUUCGGUUGUGUUUUAAGGGUGAUGACUUCAUUUUAGGAGGUACUACUGCCCAAGGUUUUCAGAGGUUGGGGGAGAGGGGCACUGUUGGUAGACAUUUUACUUGACUUGACUUUUAGUAAAUAUAAGACUCUGCAAAUGGAUUUAGGGAAAUAAAGCAAGGUAUUAUCAUUUUUUUGUCUCCAUGAUAUUUAUUGUUGGCUAGGUUGACUGUUAUACCAAAAAGACCUGGUUACGAUAAACCUGUACUGAUGAUGGGCCAUCUCAAGCCUGCUGAAACACUUGAUACCUCUUGGUCCAGUUCAGCCAAGUUACAUCUGUGAUAGCUUUUGUCUUCAUAUUACUGGCGUCAUCCAUCUUCAAACAACAUGUUAUGUUAUGUUUCAAUUUGCCUUUGACAAUUGUGAAUUCAGACAAUCAAUAAAUUUUUUUAUACCCCCCCCUCA